AUGUCACAACAUGGAUGCCCAGAGAGACUGUCGAAUAGAUCCAAAGGUUUCCAGGAUGAUGGACCGAGUCAACCUACGAUGGAGGUUCUUGUGGAAACCCUCACGGGAACCGCGUUUGAAAUGACCGUGCUGCCCACGGACACCAUAUUUGCCAUUAAAUCGAAGAUAUUCAGGGUCGAAGGUAUCCCGGUGUCCCAGCAGCAUUUGCUAUACAAUCUCAAGGAGUUGGAGGACUCGUCGUGUCUCCGCGAGCAUGCCAUCGGUGACGGAGCGCGGCUGCGGCUGGUACUGGGCAUGCGCGGCGGGCCUAUCUCCACCCGCCGCCUGCCGCCGCCGCCCAACACCGAGCCCUGGAGGGACAUCGAACGCCUGCUCGAUACCAACAGAGAGGACGUGGAAUGGGGCAGCAGUGGAUGCAAGGUGACAGUACUAGUGUUCCGCGACGGAGAGCGCGUCAACAUGCUGCGCGUCAAGGAGAACCACGACGGGACAUACUCGCCACUCGAACACUCCAAACUUUAUGCAAAUUCCCCGACACUGACGCAGCUGCUGGAGCGCGAGAUAGAAGACUUCAGCCCCGUCGUGGGCAUGACGACCGUCGGGCGCGCGCUCGGCGGCCCGCGCGCGCUGCACGACAACGCCGUCACCAUGGGCAAGAUGCUCGACCUGCGCCGCCGCAUGGACGCGCUCUCGCUGCACCGCCCGCCGCGCGCGCCCGCCGCGGGGGCUUUCGAUAAAGUAGAAAUACAGAAGACUCGUAGCGAAGAAACUCUUUCCGUCCCUAGCUUGUUGGAGGAGACCGGCGGCGGGCUCAAGCAGCGCGCCGCGUCAUACGCACCCAUCAGUGACGCCGAGCUCGCGCCCCGCGCCCCGCCGCGCGCGCGCCGCCCGCGCCCCCCCCCCCGCGCGCCCCCCGCCUCGACCUCGACGUGGCGCUGCCGCCGCUGGCGCCCGACCCGCCGCCGCGGCCCGGGGACACUCCCGUACAAACUGAUUACGCAGCGCGCGGCUCGUGGUCGGAGCUAUGCGCGGCGCGCGGCGGGCCGGAGCUGGGCGGGCCGCAGCUGGGCGCGGCGCGCGGCGGGCCGCACUCGCAGUCUGCGUCGUCGCUGCACGUGCGCGCGCCGCUGUCGGACGCGCUGUUCUCGUCGUCCACGUCGGAGCUGGAGAAGCUGCGCGCCGGCGGCCCGCGGCUACUGCCCGGCCUGUCGCGCCACCGCCCGCGCGAGCAUCUGCACCUCAGCGACGAGAGACUGGACGCCGCGCCCGAAGCCGCGCCCGCGCUGA